AUGGCGUCCAACUCGACGCCCGCGGCGGCUCGCAAAACGGGUGCGCCCGAGAAGAAGUACAAGUGCCAGUUCUGCAACCGCGCCUUCAGCCGGAGCGAGCAUCGCAGCCGGCACGAGCGUUCUCACACCAAAGAACGCCCCUUCAAGUGCCUCAAGUGCCGCAGCACCUUUGUGCGUCGCGACCUCCUCCUGCGCCACGACCGCACCGUUCACGCAAAAGAUGGGGGCGCCCCUCUCCCCAGCGAGCAGAAGCGCCGUACGAGCAACAAGGCCGCCGCCGACGCUGGGCCCUCGAAGCCGCCGCCGCCCCUCAAUCCCGCCACUACCCUCGAGCAGAUCGAAGACAGCAACGAGGCCAUGGAGGAUGCCGACCUCGAGGCCGCCGCCAUGCUGAUGACCGACUUCCACCACAAGGCCAUGGCCAGCCAGGAGCCCGAGAUGAUGCCAGAGCACCACGAGCCCGUCAUCUCACCGACUGGCCCGGCCAUGAUGGAGCCCGUCAUGCCCUACACGGCCCCUGGCCAGAACAUGUUGCCGCAGAUGCCGUGGAGAGACUCGAUGGUUCCGCAGCCCGACUCCAAGGCGCAGCCAGAUACCCACUCGGCCUUCAACAGCGCCAGCGCCCUCAACUCGCACCCCCACCAGCUGCCCCCGCUGAUGGAGCGUACCAUGUCGGGCAGCGACAACCUCGCACCCACCUUCCAGUCGAUGAAUGGCGGUAACGGCCUUGGCACCCCUGGCGCGCUCUCCCCUUAUCCUUCCAUGAUGGGCCCGGUAUCGCCCGUCGACUAUCGCAAGUCGCCCGGCCCCAACCAGGCUCUGAUGAUAACGAGGGCGCCCCAGCUUGACUCGGAAGAGCAGUGCGCGCGCAUUUACGAGAACAUCAAGCAGUACGACAGCGAGAACGCGCUGCUCGAGACGUUCCACCUACCUAGCCUCAACACGCUCAACCGCCUCCUGAAGACGUACUUUGACCUCUUCCACCAUCACCUACCCUUCCUGCACCCAGCUACCUUCAACCCCACUGAAGUGUCUGCGCCGCUACUGCUAGCCGUGCUGUCAAUAGGUGCCCUAUACAUCUUCGACCAGGAUCAGGCCUACAUGCUUCACAUCGGUUCCAAGGUUCUUGUCAAUCAAUUCCUACAAAACAAAGAGAACUUCAGCUCGCGCAAAUGUCCCCUGUGGACUAUGCAAAGUACACUGCUGAACAUGAUCUUCUCCAGCUGGAGCGGUGAUCCCAAGGGUCUGGAAUGGGCUUGUUCAAUCAAGAGUCUUUUGGCAAAUAUGGUUGCUGGAAACCGUUACGAGCUCAAGCUUCGCGCCGACGCCCGAGAGGGAGCCCAGCCAAACCACGAAGAGUGGGUGGUUGACGAGCAAUGCCGACGGACAUACUAUGCAGUAUACAUCUUCUUCGGCCUGUUGACGCUGACCUACAACCAUACGCCAGCUAUGGGCUUCAACGAAUUCGACACCUUGGAGCUCCCUUCGUCAGAGUCCCUCUGGACUAUGGAGGUAUCUGAUGACGAAGCAUGGCGCGAGAGUCUAGCGGCAUCGAAGAUCAUCACCUUCCGCCAGGCACAUGACAACCUUUUCCAGGGAGAGAAUGCGCGCUACAGCGCCUUCGCUACCCGCGUCAUGAUCAAUGCCCUGUUUCUCGAAGUCUGGUAUCACAAGCGGAGUCCAGAAGCCCUUCAAGACGUUGUUACUGAGUACAAGCUCCGACUAGCCUUGGAGACUUGGGAGAGGUCGCUCGAGCUGUGCGAGCCAGAAACGGUUGUCGUUCAGCUGAGCGCCCCUCACAAGGGUCAUCCCUUGAUCUUCAACGCCAUGGCCCUGUACAGAAACACCCGGGCCCGGCUUGUCGUUGACCUCAAGUCCAUCCAGGAAGCCCUCCGCUACCACGACUCGUAUGAAGUUGCGGCAGCCAUGACGAACGCUCGUGACAAGGUCCAGCGCUCGCCGGAAAUGAUCAAGGUCAUCCAGGAGUGCUUCGAUUGUAUCGAAGUAGCAGCCGUACAGGGCAUUCGUUGGGUUGCACGAACCUCCGCAACCAACUGGAGCAUCGAACAUCCUCUCACUGGCAUGGAUCUGAUGGUCAUCCUUACGCUUUGGCUUUACCGCCUAGAACACGACGAAGAGCCAGCUACCGAGGAAGAGUUGGCCAUGUACAACAAAUUACGAAACCUGUUUGAUGACGAUUCUGUGGAUGUGUAUGGUGCGAAAUUGAGCUCCACCGUGGCCCGACUCUGGGGAAGCAUGAUUGAUGAGGUCGUUGUCUGGGGCAUCACUAAGCUCAUGGGCGAGGCCUUCAAACUUCAUUCGCAAGCCCUCGUCGGCUACGAGGACGCCAUGUCCUCGCGAUCUGGAUCUGCGACACCGUCACUGGCUACCGGUGGUGUCCAGGUUCUUGAGAUGCAGAUGGCUUACUAG